GAGAGGGGCGGAGGGAGGUGGAGGCAGCGCGGCGGAGCUCCGGCAGUCGGUCGGUAUGUAGCAGUGGCGGAGCGUCUGUCUGGGAAUACAAAGAGGGAAAAACGCGCCUUGGAUAGAGAAUAUCAGCAGCGGGAUUUUAACUCAAACCAGCCGAGGAUGAGACACAUUCAGUCCGAGUGAAGGAGACUAAAAAACGCACCGUUAUUCCACCGAUUUAUCACCGUUUUCCACGAAAAUGGCGAACGACUCUCCUGCCAAAAGUCUGGUGGACAUAGACCUGGCAUCCCUCCGGGAUCCUGCUGGGAUUUUCGAGCUGGUGGAAGUGGUCGGAAAUGGCACCUAUGGACAAGUCUACAAGGGCCGACAUGUUAAGACAGGACAACUGGCGGCCAUCAAGGUCAUGGACGUCACCGAGGAUGAAGAGGAGGAAAUUAAGCUGGAAAUCAACAUGCUGAAGAAAUACUCCCACCACAGAAACAUAGCGACUUACUACGGAGCCUUCAUCAAGAAAAGCCCACCAGGACACGAUGACCAACUCUGGCUGGUGAUGGAGUUCUGUGGUGCCGGUUCUAUCACAGAUCUGGUGAAAACACCAAAUGGAAACUCGCUGAAGGAGGACUGGAUCGCCUACAUCUCCAGAGAGAUCCUCAGGGGAUUAGCUCACUUGCACGCUCAUCACGUCAUCCAUCGUGACAUCAAGGGACAAAACGUGCUGCUGACUGAAAAUGCUGAGGUUAAACUGGUGGACUUCGGUGUGAGUGCUCAGCUCGACCGGACGGUGGGUCGGAGGAACACCUUCAUCGGCACGCCAUAUUGGAUGGCUCCGGAGGUCAUAGCUUGUGAUGAGAACCCUGAUGCCACCUACGACUACAGGAGUGACCUGUGGUCUUGUGGGAUCACGGCUAUAGAGAUGGCUGAGGGAGCACCUCCUCUGUGUGACAUGCAUCCAAUGAGAGCCCUCUUCCUUAUUCCUAGAAAUCCCCCUCCUCGACUCAAGUCCAAAAAAUGGUCGAAGAAGUUCUUCAGCUUCAUCGAGGGCUGCCUGGUGAAGAACUACACCCAGCGUCCUCCCACCGAGCAGCUGCUCAAACACCCCUUCAUCAGGGACCAACCCAACGAGAGGCAGGUCCGCAUCCAGCUCAAAGACCACAUCGACCGAACCAAGAAGAAGAGGGGAGAGAAGGAUGAGACGGAGUAUGAAUACAGUGGCAGCGAAGAAGAGGAGGAAGAAGCAUCUGAGCAAGAAGGAGAACCGAGCUCCAUAGUCAACGUGCCCGGUGAGUCGACUCUGCGCCGCGACUUCAUCCGGCUGCAGCAGGAGAACAAGGAGCGUUCAGAGGCUCUGCGCCGCCAGCAGCUCCUGCAGGAACAGCAGCUCCGCGAGCAGGAGGAGUACAAGCGCCAACUACUGGCUGAGAGGCAGAAACGAAUUGAGCAGCAGAAGGAGCAGAGGAGGCGGCUGGAAGAGCAACAACGGCGCGAACGCGAGAUGAGGAGGCAGCAGGAGCGCGAGCAGCGCCGGCGUGAACAAGAGGAGAAACGCCGCAUUGAGGAGAUGGAGCGACGUCGUAAAGAGGAGGAAGAACGACGGAGGGCCGAGGAGGAGAAGAGAAGGGCCGAUCGAGAACAGGAGUACAUCCGUCGCCAGCUGGAGGAGGAGCAGCGGCACCUGGAGAUCCUGCAACAGCAGCUGCUUCAUGAACAGGCCAUGCUGCUGGAGUACAAAUGGCGGGAACUUGAGGAGCAGCGACAAGCCCAGAAGCUCCAGAAACAGCUGCAGCAGGAGCAGGCCUACCUGCUGUCGCUACAGCAAAACCAGAACCUGGAUAGUAGCAAAGCAGCCCCACAACAAAGCACCAAACCUCCACAGAACCUUGAAUCCGAUGUGGUCAAGCCCAAACAGAUCCCUGAGACAGAUACAACGAAGCAGUCACAGAGCAUUGAGAAGACACAGUCCAGUCCGGCCUCCAGUCUGGAAAAAACUACAAAACUGAAUCCACCGGUUGCUGACCUUCAAGGCAAUGCCCCUGACUGUGAGCCGGUCAGAGAGGCUGAUGAGCGAUAUCGGAAGAACAUCCAGGGUUCUCCUCAGGCAGCUCAGACCAAACAACAGCAGCCUCCAGUGCCACCACGCUCCGAGUCUUCAUACCCCAAUGGGAACUCAGCAUCUGAGGCGCCUGCCAUGCACCGGCCUGUGGAGCCACAGGUUCCUGUUAGGACGACAUCAAGGUCGCCCGUGUUGUCAAGGCGAGAUUCGCCUCAUCACCACAGCAACGCCUCACAGGGUGGCCAUGCUGUGCACCGCAACGCUGCCAGUGCAGCGGAGCCUCGGCUGCUGUGGGAACGAGUGGAGAAACUGGUUCCCAGACCUACCAGUAAUAGUGGCAGUGGAGGCUCGAGUUCCUCCAGCAGCUCCAGUAACUCCAGCUCUCAGCCCGGUUCUCACUGCGGCUCUGGAGAGAGGUUCAGGGCCCGCUCCUCUUCCAAAUCGGAGGGUUCGCCCCUCCAGCGGCCAGAGAAUGCUGGGAAAAAACCAGAGGAGAGGAGGGACUUGGUCAGGCCAAACAAACCGGCGGACCUGACAGCUCUGGCGAAGGAACUGCGUGCAGUGGACGAUGUUCGCCCUCCGAAUAAGGUGACGGAUUAUUCAUCCUCCAGCGAAGAAUCAGACACCACAGAUGAAGAUGAUGAUGAAGAAGUGGACCAGGAGGCCGGCGAGGAGUCAACCUCUGGCCCAGAGGACUCCAGAGCUGUCUCUUCUAGGCUGAGUAACGGAGAGACAGAGUCAGUGAAAACCAUGAUUGUCCACGAUGAAGGCGAGAGCGACGCCGGCUCGACUCCCUGCAAAGACAGCACGCUGAUUGUCAGACAGAGUGCAGGUGACAACAGAAAGCGUACGGGUCCCGGCCCGGGCCAAACACAGACUCCUGUUCUGCUCACAGGCUUCGCCCCGAGUCCCGGCUCGGUGUCGGGCCCGGCCCUUGCCCACCACACACCCAGCCCCCACCACCACCACCAUCAUCACCACCACCACCAUCACCCCACACAGCACUCGGACAGGAACGGCUUUGCUGGUCGCAUCCACCACCUCCCAGACCUGAUCCAGCAGAGCCACCAUUCCUCCCCUUCCUCCACUGCAUCCAACUCCCCUUCUUCCUCCAGCCUUGCCAGUCCCUCCUCCAUGUCCCCCCAGAGCCCCUUGGACAAGCUCGGCAUCCUCACAGAGAGCCAGUCUAGUAACAACAUGCAGAAACACAAGUCUUCUUCCUCCUUCACUCCGUUCAUUGACCCACGCCUCCUCCAAGUCUCUCCAUCCACCGGCAGCGCCCUCAACAAUGUCGGCUACGCCAACGACGCCAGACUAGCGGAGGCACUGAGAGCAGAUCCAUCUCGGAAGGGCUCCGUGGUCAACGUUAACCCGGUGAACACUCGUCCUCAGAGCGACACACCGGAGAUCCGCAAAUACAAAAAGAGGUUCAACUCUGAGAUCCUGUGUGCUGCACUCUGGGGCGUGAACCUCUUGGUGGGAACCGAGAGCGGCCUGAUGCUGUUGGAUCGCAGCGGUCAGGGGAAAGUUUAUCCUCUGAUCAAUCGACGGCGCUUUCAGCAGAUGGACGUCCUGGAGGGACUCAACGUCCUGGUCACUAUAUCAGGUAAGAAGAACAAGCUCCGUGUCUACUACCUGUCCUGGCUAAGGAACAAGAUCCUGCAUAAUGACCCAGAGGUGGAGAAGAAACAGGGUUGGACCACCGUAGGAGACCUGGAGGGCUGCGUCCACUACAAAGUUGUGAAAUAUGAGAGGAUCAAAUUUCUGGUUCUCGCUCUGAAGAACUCAGUUGAGGUCUACGCCUGGGCACCUAAGCCGUACCACAAGUUCAUGGCCUUCAAGUCGUUUGGUGACCUGGUGCACAAGCCGCUGCUGGUUGACCUGACAGUGGAGGAAGGUCAGAGGUUAAAGGUCAUCUAUGGCUCAUGCUCAGGCUUUCACGCUGUGGAUGUCGACUCUGGAGCUGUAUACGACAUCUACCUGCCUACACACAUUCAGACCAACAUCCAGUCUCACGCAAUCAUCAUCCUGCCCAACACUGACGGGAUUGAACUGCUGGUUUGCUACGAGGACGAGGGUGUUUAUGUCAACACCUACGGACGUAUAACCAAGGACGUGGUGCUGCAGUGGGGGGAGAUGCCCACCUCAGUGGCCUACAUUCGUUCCAACCAGAUCAUGGGUUGGGGGGAGAAGGCCAUAGAGAUCCGCUCAGUGGAAACUGGUCACCUGGACGGCGUCUUCAUGCACAAGAGAGCCCAGAGACUCAAGUUUCUCUGUGAAAGAAACGACAAGGUGUUUUUCGCCUCUGUACGGUCCGGAGGCUCCAGCCAGGUCUACUUCAUGACUCUGGGCCGAAGCAACCUCCUCAGCUGGUAGAGGUCCACGCCCUGCCCUCUUCCUCCUCCUUCUCCUCAUCCUCCUCAUUUCCUCCACCCUCGCUAACACUGGAUCUCGGAACCCACCAUCUUGUCAGCCCUCGGACAACCAAAAGAGAACAAACACAGUAACCUACCAGCCCUUUGGAGUGGUCGAUGCCACAGACUUCAGCUUCCCUCUGGAGCUGCAGCAGCACUCUGGGCCUGCCUGUGACGCAGCGACAACCGGUCGAGUCGUCGCUUUGACCCCCGAAAAACCUGAAGUGACGGCCUGCGUACAAAAUGAAAUCAAUGGUUAAAUAUAUAAAAGGAAGUAGAAAUAAAUUAAAUGUGAAUUCAAGAAAAGGAGGCAAACAACUUUGUGUUUCCCUCUCGGUUUUCUUGGUGCUUAUCAGAUUGCGAUGGGAUAGAUUUUGUACCUCUGCUUCAUUUCCGUGCUCCUGGGCUGGUCAGUAAGCUUGAGGUCUUCUAACUACUAGUACUGCUACCGCUAUUACUACUACUACUACUACCUUCUGCAGGUCUGUCUCUUGUAAGGGAGUUCCCCUCUGCCCCAUGUUCCCACCCUCUGUCCUUUCUUAUGAGUGUGGGGCUGAUGGGGUCAAAGUUUGUUGUAUUAAUGCUACAGUAGUGUGUGUAAAUGUACUUCUGUUUGGUCCAAUUACUGCUGACAUGCUGGUUGGAGACUGGUCAGAGUCAGCCAGGGGUAAAGUGUACAAACCCCAGAGCCAGAGGGAACUCGUUAAGGUGGCAAGCAGGCGGAAGGGACCUAAUAAUUUAAGGUUUUACUGUAAGUCUAAAUGAUAGGACUCAACAAGAGGGUGUGUGUGAUUGGAGUAUUGUGUUGUUUUGGACAGGUGCUUUAAAAAGCGGGGUGGAGUGAGAAGGAGAUGAUGAAGCAGAUGGAUUUCAGAAUAGUAUUUUUUUGAAUCAUUACUAUUAUUAUUAUUCCUUGAAGAUAAGUGUAACUAUGUGGAGUUAAAACAUGUCCUUUACCUUGUUUUUUUUUUUUUAAACAUUUACGCACAUCAACCCACAGUCCACAAAUUUGCUUGCUUUUAAUCAAAAACCACAAAAGUUUGAGGUGUGUUUGUGUAAGAAAAAAAAGUGAUGUGGGUGUGAUCCAAAAAAUAAAGUAAAACAAAGGUGUCUAUGUACAAUAAAGUUCAUUUAAGCUUUGGGAUAGUGUCAUUUGUCAUGUUUUCCCCUCCAGCGGUCAAACAUGACAACCUAAACUGAACUUAAGAAACUUCAACUGCUGUGAAUAGACAAAUAUUACAUGAAAAAAUGUGAUGGAGUGAUGAAGCAGAGGAGGAAGUUUAGUAUGUGUGUGUGCUAUCGGAGUGUUCACUGAUAUUGAUGAAUUGGAUUUAUGUGGCAGAGAGGUAAGCGCGUGGUCAGCAGGUUUGUUUCAGUACAAGAGGUGGAUUUCUAUCUUCCAUUUUGUUUUUUCAGCUCAUUUCACCUUUCAUUUAUAUCAUUUGUAUGUAUUCAAUGCACUAAGUGUCAAGAAUGUAGAAAGACUUAUUACUGUGUGGUGGUCCAAGGCAUGAGAUGAUGUUUUUUGCUUUGUAUCUUGUCACAAGUGAUCAAUCCUAGAUGUUCAAUUUCGAGUUCAAGCUGCAACAGCAGAGCCUCUACGUCAGGUGUUAAUAUUUUCAAUUUCUGUAUUUGUUUCGCUACCUUUUCUGCAGCUGUGGCAAUCUGCACAGAAGCAAAUGCCUAGAGUGUAUAAGAGCUGAGGAGCAUUUUUCUUGCAUCCUGAGAGUCCUGCUUGUGUACGUCAAGCACGCCUUCCAAUCCAAUGAGGACACAGACUUCGUCAAUUCAACACUCAGACUCUGGAUUUCAGUGUUACUGUGAUCUCAGAACAGGCAACAUGGAGCAGAGCUUUUCCUCACUCGGCUGUUUGUGAAGAAACGACGAAAAUCUACUUUUUGGGAAGGAUUUGUUUUCUCUAUUUUGGGUCCCCUCCCACAUUUCCUGCUCCAGCUGUUAUUUAAGUUGUCUGUAUAUGUGAAUGACUGAGCAGCAACCUGCAGCACCGACAUCCUCGGGGCCAUCUGCCGAGCUGGAUUUUCCUCCGUUUCCACAGCGGCUCUCAAAGAUUGCACAUUGUUCUCUCAAAACAGGGGCAAAGGAGGGUCCAAAUCUGUGAUCUGACUUCAUGUCCAAACAUUUUUUCGUCAGGUCACAAUCAAGUUAACCUUGGAUGUGUUUUCCCCCCUGACGAUACCGAUUACACACGAGCAGUGUUUAGCGAUGUGAAAAGGUUACCUAGUUUGUCACAAAUUUUUGCUUCCCUUGUAUGGAGAAGCCAUUUGGACCCCAAUGCUGUUGUCUGAGGUCUGUGUGUGCAGUAGUACCCAGUGUGUGUCUCUUAUUGCAUCAAGGCCUUGAUAAGUGGCUGUAUUGAUUUUAAUGAAAAAAUUGUGGUUAUUAUUGAUAUACUUAAUGGGCUAAAUAAUGGACGAGACUUAGGUUGUUACCUGACAAGAAAAAGCAGUCGCUCGCCGGCUCGUGUUGGAAAAAGUGCCAAGAAGGCAGCAUUUAAAAUGUGUAAACCUAUUGUUAUGAAACCACUACUUGGAAAUCCUUUUUAAAAAAUCACUUGAAGCAUUGUGUAUUCUUAAGUUUUAGAGCUAGUUGAGAAGCUUAACAAUAGUUUCUGUUGUUUCUGUAAGUCUAUGUACACAUAAGUAUGCGACUGCGGUGGUUUAAUAUUAUUACUCACCUUAGGUGGAGAAAAUGUUUACAGAAGCAAUGUUUUGUUACACUAAUGUGCAUCACGGUAUUUAUGUUUAAUGCAUAUGCAUCUUGGUUCUUUAAUACUUUUUGUUUCUGCUUUUUGAGCCCAAUUUUUAUUGGAUAUUUUAAAUUUUUUGUCAUCUCCCCAACCCCACCAACUAACCUACUUACAAAACAAUAAAGAACACACGUGUUGUUCAUUUCAGGUAUUCACAUAACGCUGCUUCAACAUGGAAACAUUGCAGUGAGUUUCCCUGCAGGCUUGGACGUAAGGCGACGUGUUUUUCCUCUGCUGUUUCUGCCAUGCUACUCUAACUUAUGUCCUCUCUGUGUAUGACAGGAAGUCGUGUAUUUUCCUGAAGGUUUUUUUCUUUGAAUAAACUUUAAAAGUAAUUUUAAAAGAA